CUUUGGAAAUUUAAGGUCUUUGGCUGCCAUGUUGUCCAAGGUGACUUUUGGCCUUUUGGCCCUGCUGCUGGUCUUCUCUGUUGAAGGGAAGCCUGUUAUUGAGGAGAAUGCUGCUGACUUGCCUGUGGGUGAAGUGUUGGAUAGAGCCAACAGAGGCAUCGUUCCUGAACCUGAUGAGCCCAAGCUAUUGGAUGAUAUUGCUGUGAAUGAAAAAAAUGCUGAUCCCUGCACAUCACGUGGUUGCCUUUGGCCCAAGUACAGCGAUGGCAAUAUUUGGGUACCUUAUGUCAUUGCCAAUCACUACUCCUCCAGUGAGCUAUCGAUGAUUAAGCGUGGUCUGGACUCUUUCUCGUCUGUCUCCUGUAUCCGUUUCUUCCCUCGUUCCAAUGAGAGAGAUUACAUCAGCAUUGAGUCUCGCAGUGGAUGCUACUCAUACGUUGGUCGUCAGGGAAAUCUCCAGACUGUGUCUCUGGCUCGUAAUGGCUGUAUUUACCAAAGUACUAUCCAGCAUGAGCUGCUCCAUGCUCUUGGCUUCAACCACGAGCAAACCCGCAGUGACCGUGACAGUUACAUCCAGAUCCUCUGGGACAACAUCCAAAAUGACAUGAAGUACAACUUCAACAAAAUCAACACCCUUAACCAGGGAACUGCCUAUGACUAUCGUUCUGUGAUGCAGUAUGAGAGAAAUGCUUUCUCAAAGAAUGGCUAUCCCACUAUGGUCCCUAUUCCAAAUAGCAACGUUCAGCUGGGCGGAGCUACUCAGAUGAGCCAGAAUGACAUCACCAGACUCAACAGACUCUACCAGUGUUGUAAGUGA